AUGAUUACCGCAAAUGAUAUGUACGAGUUAAAUAACAUUAUUAACAUCAAAACAAGCGGAAAGAAAAAUCAAGCACUUGAAAAGAAGCAAACGGUUGAUGAGCAACUGAUUAUUAUUGAGAAGGAAAAAGGGGACCCUGAAGAAAUUUUGGAACGAUCUAUGCCAAUAUUAUUAGGAGCUCAAGAAGGUUUAAAUAGUUUGAAACCUGGUGAUAUAACUGAAAUGAGAUCAUUUGCAAAUCCAACAAAAAUUAUUCAACUUAUUGGUUUUUGUAUACUAGUUUAUUUGGGACACACUAAAAUAACGUGGGAAAAUGUAAAGGCAGUGAUGAUUGAUAUUGAUUUUAUUAAUAAAUUAAAAAAUAGAGAUCCAGAUAUGUUUACCAUUCGUCAAGCAAACUUAUUAAAAUCAUUUUUAAAACGAUUAGAAGACAAAUUAGACGUUAAUCAUUUAAUAAUUACAGAUACAAUAAAACAAAAACAUGAAGAAAUGUGUAUAAAAAUGGGCAGUGUGAGCAAAGCUGGUGCUGAUCGUUAUCGUGAAACAAAGCCAAAGAAAGAUCGUGUCGCUGCUAUUUUACGUGAUUAUGAAACAAAUGUUAAUGAAUUACAACGUUUAGAAACAAGUAUAGAAAAAUUAACGAUAACAUUAGAACAAUCUAAACUGCGUUUUGAUACUGAAAUGGACGAUAAAAUGAAACUACAGCAGAAAUUAAUGACCGGUUUUCGUAGUGAAACUAUUCGAUGGCGUCAAGAAUUGAACAAUAUGAAAAAUCCUGAAAAUCAAUUAUUAGAAAAAAAUAUUCCAUUAUCACAACCAUAUCGUGUACAAAAUUUGUUAUCAUCUGAUGUUGAAAUAAGUGAAUAUCAAUCAUAUAGAUUACCAUCUGAUGAAUUUAGUGUACAAAAUGAAAUAUUAACAAUUCAAGCAUCACGUUUUCCCUAUUGUAUUGAUCCACAAAUGCAAGGCCUAAGAUGGAUUAAAGCAAUGGAAUCAAAAUCAAAUUUAAAAAUAUUAUCAAUGCGUGAUAGAGAUUUUUUAAAACAUAUUGAAUUAGCAAUAAAAUAUGGUUAUCCUGUAUUAUUUAAAGAUAAUGAUGAAUAUAUUAAUCCAAUUAUAUUAAAUAUUUUAUCAAAAAAUAUUCAAGAUAAUCAAAAAAAUUUAUUUAUUAAAUUACGUGAUAAAGAAAUUGAUCUUGAUCCAAAUUUUCGAAUGUAUUUAACAUCACGUGUACCAAAUUCAAAAUUAUCAACAUUUCAUUUUAGUCGUUCAAUAUUGCGUACAGUCUAG